GGAAACAACAGACGAGGCUAUUUGCUGUCAUCUACAAAGUCGGUGAACAGAAACGUGGCUGAUCUGACAGCUUUACGCACAAUUUGAAGAAACCUCGUAAAGCUGAGAAGGCAGGAGUGAACAGUUUCCUUCACUUCACGCCUCCAAGGAAUCACCUGUCGAGAAACAUGCGUCUCCUACGCCGCCGUUUGUCUCCUCUAAAGCUGGUCCUCCUUGGCGGAACUCUUUUUAUGGUGGUCCUGGUGGUCCUCCACAGGGAUGUUGGUUCCUCAAAUACUGGAGACCCCUGGCUACAAGACCUGGCCAACAAACGGGACGAAGUGAUGGUCAUGGUGCGAAAGGCAGUGAAAAACAUUGGCUUCCAGAUCGGAGCUCCACAGCCACCACCUGUGCAGGCACUGCCCACAGAAGACGCUAAAUGCCCCUCUGGAUUUUACACUCGGUCUGAACUCAAACCUCAUCUGGAGAGGCCGCCGCAGGACCCUCAAAGCCCCGGGGCUGAUGGGAGAGGGUUUGUGAAGGAUAAUAUGACUCCUGAGGAGCAGAAGGAAAAGGAGGAGGGUAUGACGAGGCAUUGCUUUAACCAAUUCGCCAGUGACCGGAUCUCGCUUAGCCGCAGUCUUGGAGAUGACACAAGACCUCCUGAGUGUGUGGACAGGAAAUUUCCUCGCUGCCCUCCUCUGCCUACCACCAGUGUCAUCAUUGUCUUCCACAAUGAGGCUUGGUCUACGCUCCUGAGGACAGUCUACAGUGUUCUUCAUACAUCUCCCGCCAUCAUGCUGAAGGAGAUCAUAUUGGUUGAUGAUGCCAGUACUGCAGAGCACCUAAAGACAAAGCUGGAGGAGUUUGUGGAGCAGUUUAAGAUUGUUCGUGUCGUCAGGCAGCCAGAGAGAAAGGGCCUCAUCACAGCCAGGCUGCUGGGAGCCAGCAUAGCUACAGCUGAGGUGCUCACCUUCCUUGAUGCCCACUGUGAGUGUUUUCAUGGUUGGUUAGAGCCUCUCUUGGCCAGAAUAGUUGAAGAACCCACCGCUGUAGUCAGCCCAGAGAUCACCACCAUUGACCUCAACUCCUUUCAGUUCAACAAGCCUGUGGCCACCAACCGUGCAUACAACCGAGGUAACUUUGACUGGAGCUUGACCUUUGGCUGGGAGCCGAUACCCGAAGAAGCAAGGAGUCUCCGCAAGGAUGAAACCUACCCUGUAAAAACACCUACUUUUGCUGGAGGCCUUUUCUCAAUCUCAGCGAAGUACUUUGAGCACAUUGGAACUUAUGAUGACAAGAUGGAGAUCUGGGGCGGAGAAAAUGUUGAAAUGUCCUUCAGGGUGUGGCAGUGUGGGGGUCAGCUGGAGAUCAUCCCUUGUUCAGUAGUGGGCCAUGUUUUCCGCACCAAAAGCCCACACACCUUCCCUAAAGGCACUGAGGUCAUCACUCGCAACCAGGUGCGCCUGGCUGAAGUCUGGAUGGAUGAUUUUAAGAAGAUCUUCUAUCGCCGCAACAAAAACGCUGCAGUGAUGGCCAGUGAG